AUGGCAUCAGAUUCACUCCCACGACUCCCGGCCACCAGCCCAUCACCUGGGGAGGACAAGCCCUCCGACCUCCUGUUGGCAGCCCAGGUCACCGUCUCCAUCUUUGCCAUCCUCUUCAUCUUCGUGACCUUCUUCGCGGGUGUGUGCGGCAACGGGUUGGUCAUCUGGGUGGCCGGCUUCCGCCUGCCCCACACGGUCAACCGCGUCUGGUUCCUCAACCUGGCAGUGGCCGACUUGGCCUUCACCUUGUCUCUGCCGGUCCUGGCGGUGGUUUUGUCCCUGAGCCACCACUGGGUCACCUGCAGGGCGAUCACGGUCCUGCUGGUGCUCAACCUCUUUGCCAGCGUCUUCCAGUUGAGUCUCAUCGCAGUGGACCGCUGCGUGUGCAUGUUCUGGCCCCUGUGGGCCCGCCGACACCGCACUCCUGGACGGGCGGCGCUGGGGGCCGGGGCCGUCUGGCUCCUGGCCCUGGCCUGCAUGGUUCCGGAUGUGCUGUUCUUCGACUGGUGGGCCUUCCAAGGCUCAGCCGAAGGCAGCUGCUACAAAAUCCUGGAACCCCGGAACCAGACCCAUGGUGACGGGGAGCGGGGGUGGCAACCAUCCAGGCGUCAGGCUUUGGCCCUCCAGGCUGGCCACUUCACCUUUGGCUUCCUGCUGCCGCUGAUCCUCAUCGGGGGCUGCUCCGGCCUCAUCGCCUUCAAGCUGUGGAGGAGGCGGGAGCAGCUCAGCAGGCCCUUCCGCGUGCUGGCCUCCGUGGUGACCGCCUUCUUCAUCUGCUGGUUCCCCUUCCAUCUCCUGGGGCUGCUGCAGCUGGGGUCGGGGGCCCCUGCGGGCUCAAAGCUGAUGUCCCCCCUCUUCAGCCUCCUGGGGCCACUGGCUAUGUGCCUGGUCUGCCUCAACAGCUGCCUGAACCCCCUGCUCUACGCCUUCCUGGGCCGGGAUUUCCGGGAGCACCUAGUCCGCUCCCUGCCCGCCGCCCUGGAGCGGUCCCUCAGUGAGGAACCCGGCCUCCUCCACCCCAACUCCUAGGGGACUGAAAGGCGGGGACAGAGACUGCAGGGUGGUGG